AGAUCGAGGGGUCAAAGUGCAAAUAACGAAAACAUCCAUUCCUGGUCUCAGUCUCCCGUCUCAUUUCUUACUUUCUCACACUAAACUUCCAUUAAAACUACAGAAAAUUCUUCCCCCCAAUUAUAUGAUUUCUCUCCACUGUGGCGAUGACCACUGAUUGAAUUUUAGGGCAUAAAUUGAAACGCGAAGCCAUGGGUAAACCUCUCUCCACUCUCGUGUUCCUUCUCCUCUUCAUCAAUUGUGUUUAUUCCUGGAAAAAGGACGAGUUCAGAAACUGCAAUCAGACCCCGUUCUGCAAGCGCGCCCGCUCCCGUAAACCGGGAUCCUGCUCCUUAAUCGCCGCCGAUGUAUCCAUCUCCGACGGCGAUCUCGUCGCGAAACUCAUCCCCAAGGAGAGCAGUCAAGAGAACCCCGCAAAGCCUCUGGUUCUCACAAUAUCGGCCUAUCAAGACGGCGUGAUGCGGCUCAAAAUCGACGAGGACCAAACCCUAGCCCCACCGCGCAAGAAGAGAUUCGAGGUGCCCGAUGUGAUUGUACCCGAGUUUUUAAACAAGAAGCUAUGGCUGCAGAGGCUGAAAGAGGAGAGGAUUGAGGGCGGUUUGGUAAUUUCAUCCGUUGUGUAUCUCUCCGAAGGGUACGAGGGUGUGAUCAGGCACGAUCCUUUCGAGGUUUUCGUGAGGGAGAGCGGCGAAAACGGGAAAAAGGUGCUGUCUUUGAACUCGAACGGCUUGUUCGAUUUCGAACAGCUGAAGGAAAAUAAAGAGGACAACGAGGAUUGGGAGGAGAAAUUCAGGACGCACACCGAUAAAAGACCAUACGGGCCACAGAGCAUUAGCUUCGAUGUGUCGUUUUACGAUGCCGAUUUCGUGUACGAUCCGGAACACGCCACCAGCUUAGCCCUAAAGCCGACCAAAGGUCCUGGAGUUGAUGACUCGGAGCCCUACAGGCUUUUCAAUCUCGACGUUUUUGAAUACGCUCACGAUUCGCCUUUCGGGCUUUACGGAAGCGUUCCGUUCAUGACAUCGCACGGUAAAUCGAGAGGGAGUUCCGGGUUUUUCUGGCUGAACGCAGCCGAAAUGCAAAUUGACGUCUUUAGCCCUGGCUGGAACAAUGAGUACUCGUCUGUAUUAAUGCUGCCUACCGAUCAGAAAAGAGUCGAUACGUUGUGGAUGAGCGAGGCUGGUGUUGUGGAUGCGUUCUUUUUUAUAGGUCCGAAACCGAAAGAUGUAGUUAGACAAUAUACGAGCGUGACGGGCACUUCAGCCUUGCCUCAGUCGUUUGCAAUUGCCUACCAUCAAUGUAGAUGGAACUAUAGAGACGAGGAGGAUGUAUAUAACGUGGACGCCAAAUUCGACGAGCACGAUAUCCCGUACGAUGUUUUAUGGCUCGAUAUUGAACAUACCGAUGGGAAGAGGUAUUUCACGUGGGACAAGAUGUUGUUCCCUAAUCCGGAAGAGAUGCAGAAUAAGCUGGCUGCAAAAGGGAGGCGUAUGGUAACUAUUGUGGACCCUCAUAUUAAGAGGGACGAGUCGUAUUAUAUACACAAGGAGGCUUCGGAGAAGGGGUAUUAUGUGAAGGACUCGAGUGGGAAGGAUUUCGAUGGGUGGUGCUGGUCUGGGUCGUCUUCGUAUAUUGAUAUGGUGAAUCCGGAGAUUAGGUCUUGGUGGGCGGAGAAAUUCUCGUACGAGAAUUAUGUUGGUUCGACUCCAUCUUUGUAUAUAUGGAAUGACAUGAACGAACCUUCUGUCUUCAAUGGUCCGGAGGUUUCGAUGCCGAGGGAUGCUUUACACCAUGGAGAUGUCGAGCACAGAGAGUUGCAUAACGCGUACGGCUACUACUUCCACAUGGCUACAGCAGAGGGACUCGUUAAGCGAAAUGACGGAAAAGACAGACCUUUCGUUUUAUCGAGAGCUUUUUUUCCGGGUAGUCAAAGAUACGGAGCUGUUUGGACGGGUGACAACUCAGCUGACUGGGACCACUUGCGAGUUUCAGUUCCGAUGACCUUAACACUUGGUCUUACUGGAAUAUCAUUCUCCGGUGCUGAUAUUGGUGGGUUUUUCGGUAAUCCCGAUACUGAGUUGUUGGUUCGGUGGUACCAGCUCGGUGCCUAUUAUCCCUUCUUUAGAGGACAUGCGCAUCACGACACUAAGCGACGCGAACCUUGGUUAUUUGGGGAACGAAAUACGGAACUCAUGAGAGAAGCCAUACACAUACGCUAUAUGCUUCUCCCUUAUUUUUACACAUUAUUCAGAGAGGCAAACGCCACCGGAAUCCCUGUCAUUCGUCCUCUUUGGAUGGAAUUUCCUUCCGACGAAAAAACAUUCAGCAACGACGAGGCUUUUAUGGUUGGAAACGGUCUUUUAGUACAAGGAAUAUACACUCAGCGAGCGAAACACGUGUCGGUGUAUCUUCCGGGGGAUGAGUCUUGGUACGAUAUGAAAAGCGGGAGUGCUUACAAAGGAAGGGCAAUUCAUAAGUUGGAAGCUUUGGAAGACAGCAUCCCGUCUUUCCAAAGAGCUGGUACUAUCAUACCGAGGAAAGAUCGAUUUAGGCGAAGCUCCACACAAAUGGAAUACGACCCUUACACUCUGGUAAUAGCUCUCAACAGUUCCAAGUCAGCUGAAGGCGAGCUUUAUGUGGACGACGGAAAGACCUUCGAAUUCCAGCAAGGCUCCUACAUACACCGCCGAUUCACAUUUUCAAACGGGAGGCUCACGUCUUCGAACGCGGGGCCCGCGACAGCUGGCGACCACAAAUAUGUGUCAGAGUGCACUGUGGAGAGAAUCAUACUUUUAGGCCUGUCCACUCAACCAAAAACCGCCCUCAUCGAACCAGAAAAUCGCAAGGUGGAUAUCACGUGGGGCCCGCUCCUGCUUCGUGGAGGGCCCGGCCCGUCUGUCCUCACCAUCCGCAAGCCCAACGUUCGAAUUGCAGAUGAUUGGACAAUUCAAAUUUUGUAAGAACAUCUUAAUUAUUGCAUUAUUAGAUUUUUGAAGAGCCACUUUCAUAGUAGAGCUGUGACAGUAGAAGAAGAAUAAUCUAGUAGAUGUGUAACGGUUUCUGUAUUCGGAAUCCUACGUGGCGAUUCUUGAUUGGGCAAAAUAUAUUAGUCAGUGUGGUGCUGGAUUGCUAUU